AUGUCUGCCCGAAAGAAGCCGGCUGUGCUCACUAAGCACGCGCUACUUACACGUGGUGGUAGAAUUUUAGCUUUGAUCCCUACUGAAAAUGCACUCUCUGAUGAUGGUAAUGCGUCUGACGUCGAUGAUGAAUUAUUAGGCGCUCAAGUUUUGCAUUCAGACUCAUCUUCCCCAGCCCGAUCUAUUGCGAGUUCCUUAGAAAGACUGAAUAUAUUAGAUUCCGAUGGUGAAACCUCAACCGAUGAGAAUGUUCGGCUUACACCUGUAUUCCAAGAAGUAUACCCGAAUCUAUCGCUUGAGCCCGAUUGCAGUACUAUUCCGACAAUAAGUGACAUUCCAACAUUGCCUGCAACCCCUGCCACGCCUGCAACUCCUGCCAUUCCUGCUACUCUAAAUCCUAGAAAAACACGAUCGAAAAGACCGACGGUUCCUGUUGCUAAACGCUCACGCAGAAUCAAAAAGUUCGUUCUGUGCUAUAAAUGGAAAAGGACUGCUGCUUUUCAACACAAAGCAAUUAUGGAAGAUGAACCAGAAAUCGAUUCUAAGACACCUACUAUUCCCUUGGACUAUUUUUACAAGUUUUUUUCUCCAGAUGUUAUAACUGACAUUGUUGAACAAACAAAUGCGUAUUCAGUGGAAAAAACCGGACGAUCGAUUGAAUUAGUUGAAGACGAACUUCGAGAUUUUCUGGCUAUUCACAUCAUUAUGGGGGUCGUGUCCAUGCCUUCAUAUACAGACUAUUGGAGUCUGCAAUAUAGAUUCGGUUUAGUUGCAGAUCUAAUGCCCAUAAAAAGGUACCAAAAAAUUCGAAGAUACCUUCAUUUCGUCGACAAUAGCUCUGAUAAUAGUGACAGAUAUCAUAAGAUAAGGCCCAUAGUUGAAAAAAUAAGAGCAAAUUGUUUAGCUCAAGAAGUCGAGACCAAGUUCAGUAUCGACGAAAUGAUGAUUCCUUACAAAGGGACUAAGGCCGGCAAGAGACGCCAAUACAUGAAAGACAAACCCAAUAAAUGGGGUUUCAAAAACUAUAUCAGGGCUGGAGUAUCAGGUAUGAUAUACGAUUUUAUCCUGUACGGAGGAGAGGACACUUUCAGGUUCCAUAAUUUCACAGAAGAAGAAUUGUCGCUAGGCUUUGGAGCUCAAGUAGUCAUUACUUUGUGCAAAAGUAUAAAAAAAAUACCAGCUUUUGUAUUCUGCGACAAUUUUUUUUCAUGCCCAGAACUCUUUUACAUACUGAGAGAAAACUACGGUAUUUUUGGAUUGGGCACCAUCAGAAAAAAUAGACUGAGAGGAGCAGAUGCAGUUUUACGUACGGAAAAAGAAAUGAAGAAAAAGCCUCGAGGAGCUUAUGACCAAGCAGUUUGUGACAAAAAUCGCCUGGUAGUUGUGCGUUGGAAUGACAACAAAGUCGUAACGUUGGUCAGUACUUAUGUAGGUACAGAACCGGUAGAGAAAAUCAAACGCUACUGCAAAGAGGCCAAACAAAAAGUUGAAGUCAAUUGUCCACAAGUUGUCAAAGAGAUAAAUAAACAUAUGGGUGGUGUAGAUUUGGCGGAUAUGCUCAUCUCGCUAUACAGAACUCCUUUCAAGACACGACGUUGGUAUGUCGGCAUAUUUGCCCAGCUGCUUGAUAUAUGCAUCAACAAUGCAUGGCUAUCUUACAGAAAUGAUUGUACUAAAAUAAAAAUAAAGACUAUGCCCUUGAAGGCUUUUAGGUACGAAAUCUAUGAAGGACUCAAAAAGAAUAGACGUGCUGUGAUUGACCCACCCGACAUCAAAAAACGACCACAAAAAGCGAUACAGCCAGUUCCUGUUGAGUCCUCGCGAUUUGACAAUGUGGGUCAUUUCAUGACCAUGACAUCUCAGGCAAAUGCCAAGUCCGGUUAUGUUUCGUUACCGGAAGUAAACCCAGGAAUUGUCAACUAA